AUGCGAGGUGAACACUUUAUGUUGCAGCUUACUUGCUUGUCGCUGUCUUACUUCAUGAUCAAGUUAAUGAUGGAUAAAGUACAAAGUGACUGGAACAUAUUAAAUGACAAGAAGGAAAUCGAGAUAAUUGAGAAAUAUGCUCAUAGAAUAAAUGUUUAUACGAUCUUUCUUACGCUAUUCGUCUGUAUCUCCUUGAUUGUCUUUAUCUUUAUUGAAUUUUCGCCUAUUAUAUUCGAUAUUCUUAUGCCGUUGAACGAAACUCGACCACGUAACAUGCACGUGCAGGCAGAAUAUUUUGUCGAUUCCGAAAAAUAUUUCCUUUUUAUGGUGUUACACGAGAUUAUUGCAUGUAUCGCAGGAUUUAUCACGAUUCUUGCUACCGGAACGAUAAGUAUGGCUUACGUACAACAUGGUUGUGGGAUGUUAAAGAUUGUUAGAUUUCGAAUACAACAUGUAUUGGGAAAGAAUAUGAUGCUAAAACAUUCUAAUUUUCGGAGCGAACGAAUAAUAUGCGAUAGAAUAAUUCACGCCGUAGAUUUACAUCGAAGAAUUAUAAAGUGUGUAAUGGAUUGA